AUGAUAGAGAACAACAAGUAUCAUGGUCUUUCUUUGGAGGAUCCACUUGAUCAUUUGGACAAAUUUGUCAAGUAUUGUGGUUUGUCCAAGACCAAUAAUAUUCAUGAAGAUGCUUUCAACCUGAGAUUGUUUCCAUUCUCCUUAGGAGACAAAGCUCACACAUGGGUGAAGAACAUCCCAAGUGACUCUAUCACCACUAGGGAUGAAUGCAAGAAGGCCUUCCUCAACAAGUUCUUCUCUACUUCAAGGACUGCCAAGCUUAUGAAUGAGAUCUUUGGGUUCAACAGAAGAAUCUUGAAGGCUUUGGAGAAGCAUACGAGAGAAAGAGCCAAACAAGAGAAAGUGAACUUUGUUGGUGAACAAAAACAAGAGGAGACAGUUGUGGUUCAUGAAGUUGAUGGUCUAGAAGGUCAAGAAGAGCUAUGUUUCGUGCAUGCUAAUGGGACAUGGUACAAGAAGGAGCCUAACUUUCAAACCUUCAAAGUUGAUGGAAGCUACAAUGAUCUCAACAACAAGUUCUCAAACCUUGCUUCUAACUUCAAAGCUUUGAAGAACCAGUUUACCUCUAUGACUUCAAUCUCCAAGCACCCAAUGGGAUCUCUACCAGAGAAAUUAGAGCAACACCCUAAAGAGUAUUGCAAUGCUAUCCUCUCUACUACUUCUGAGAUGGAUUUGAGUGAUCAUAGGAAAGAAGCUGAAGCACAGAUUGUGGAGAAGGUUGGACAGAGGGUUGAAGCAAAGAUUGUGAUGAGAGCUGAGCACAAGGCUGAGAAACUAGUUAUUGAGAAUGUUGUCAAGAAGUUGAAGGAUGUUAAGCUGGAAGAAACCCAUGAGGUUGAGCAAUCACCCUAUGAUAGGCUCCAAUUUCCACAAAGGCUUCUCACAAAGGCUCAAAAGAAAGUGAUCUCCAAGUUUAGAAAAGACAUGGGUGAUGUAGGAGUCAAGCUUCCACAAAUAACGAAUAUGCAUGAUGCUCAUUUCCAAAUGAUGCUCAUCAAAGACAUUCUAGCUCACAAAGAAGAAGUAGGAGAGCUCAUAGACAUCUCUACUAUGCAGCUUGAUCCACCAGUCACACCAAAGUCCCUUCCCAAACUAGAAACUCAAGGGAAGUUCACCUUGUCUUUCUACCUUGGUAAGUUCACAUUUGAUGAUGCUCUUGUUGAUUCUGGUGUAAGUAUGAAUGUGAUCUCAAUGGAGAUGGUGAAGAGUCUUGGGAUUGAGAACAUGGAGCGAAACACAUCCUUACUAAUGUUUGGGGACUCCUCUUCUACAACCCCAAUUGGUCUCAUCAAGGACUUUCCUUUUAAGAUUGGAGCUUGCACCAUUCCUAUUGACCUCACUGUUUUGAAGAUGGCAAAUGGGAAGAGAGUCCAAUUGAUCCUUAGAACACCAUUUCUCACAACAGUAAGAGCUUGCAUUGACUUUGACAACAAGAAGGUCACACUUCUAAAUGUGAACAAAGUUGUCUCUUACCCAAUCAAGUCUCUUUUGAUAAAUGUGGAGUAUUAUGGAACCAUGACUUGUGGAGAACUUCAACAUGAGAAGAUCAAAGAUGAAGUGAUGGCUGGUGAAAAAAAAAAUUCUUGA